CCGGACUAAAACACAGCAACAGUACAGCAACACGGAGCACAAAAUAUAGGGCAAAAUCCAACGCACAGAUUAAUCCGUGUAGUGUUAAUUCUCCAUGGACGAAAUAGGCCAAUACUAUCAUCAAUACCCCUAUUAUCAAACACCACCACCACCAGUAGUCCCUCCUCCUCCACCUGGCACCACACUUCACGCGCCGCCGCCGCCUGUGGUGGUCCAGCCACUUCCUAUUCCACAAUACCAUCAGCAGCCACCUGUCCCUGUAUAUUAUACUCAGCACUCGGACAACGAUGUUAGAACACUCUUCAUUGCAGGGCUACCUGAAGAUGUAAAGCCUCGUGAAAUUUACAACCUUUUUCGAGAAUUCGCAGGCUAUGAAUCUUCUCAUCUCCGUAGCCAAACUUCUAGUAAUUUACAGCCAUUUGCAUUUGCCGUCUUUGCAGAUCAGCAUUCAGCACUUAUGGCGAUGUAUGAACUGAAUGGAAUGGUUUUUGACUUUGAGAAGGACUCAAAAUUGUACAUUGAGCUUGCUAAAUCAAAUUCAAGGUCAAAGAGGUUACGGCCAGAUGAUGGAAGGCCUGUAUCAGAGAAGAGGAUUAAAGGUUCUGCUGCUAUUUCUAAAGACAGUGGUUCUGCAGGUUUUGGCAGCAUUCACAUGCCUGGAAUGGGUAAUUCUGCUCACAACACGAUUGGUUAUCCACCUACACAAAGUCAGGGAAAGUUUGAUGGUAGAUUUGGGAAUCAAGCUGCUUCUAAAAUGGCAGCUGAUCCAUGUCCAACACUCUUCGUUGCUAAUCUGGGCCAAAGUUGUACCGAGCAAGAGCUAAUUCAAGUAUUUUCAAGAUGUCGGGGAUUUUUAAAGUUGAAGAUGCAGAGUACAUAUGGAGCUCCUGUUGCGUUUGUCGACUUUCAGGACACUGCCAGCUCAACUGAGGCACUGAGUCAUCUUCAAGGGAAAAUUCUUUACUCUUCCUCUGGAGAGGGCAUGCGACUGGAAUAUGCAAAAUCGCGGAUGGGAAUGCGAAGUAAGAAGUCGAGGUAAAUACUUGUGGACCACAGUAAAGAUCCGGUGGAGCAAUGCCAUUAACAAAUAACAAUGUGUCAUUUGCUUGGUUGUGUAUGGACAAUAGGUUAAAUUAUCACUUGUUCACAUGUAAUGUUCUUCAAUUUUUCCUUUAGUUUGGAGAUUGCUACAGUUUGUUUCCUUUGUCUAACGUAAAAUGUGCUAGUUCUUUUUUUCCUUUUGCUG